AUGCCCCCCAAAGAGUCCCCAACCCAGGGAUCUUUUGGAAGCCUUUCACAAGCAGCAGAGACACCAGACGACGGUACUCAAGUAUGGUAUGAAGAACCUAUCGAGAUUUCGGGCUACAAGCUUCAUACGAAAGUCGAGCAAAAUGUACAGUCAGUAGUGGAGAUAGAUCCAGGAUCCAAUCGAAAUCGAAAGUAUACAGCAGGUUUGACGGCUAAAAACCAAACCAAAUGGAACGAUUCGGUUUAUGCUCUCUUGAAGAAACUUGCUAUCUCCUGGGCUGACAGCUGGAUCUCUGAAGCACUUAGUUGCGCUGUGGCUGUCAUUGCGUUGAUAUGCCUCAUAUCGGUCCUCCGCUAUUUUGACGGCUCCGUCUGGACGAACCUGCCGCUCCACAUCUCCAUCAACGCAUUAGUCGCUGUACUCGCUGCGGCGAUCAAGGCUUCAAUUCUUCUACCAGUCGCCGAAGAAUGCCGUAUAUGGCCGUCUAUUCAAACUAUCGAAUCAAGCAUCGAGCUAUCCGAUUUGCAAGAGACUGUUUUGUCGGCAGAACCCCUAUCGGGCCCCAACUCACCAGGCUCCGUCAAGUUUCCCUUCACAUAUAUAUCUACGAAAACUUUGCGCAAUGGUACUUGGGAGCCAUGCACAUACAGUUCAAUGUACUCUUCAAAGACUCCAGUCCCAGUCUUUAAUAACACUCUAUGGAUCGAUGGAAGAUACCUCGACGACCCUGAUGAGUUCCAAUGGUAUCCAGAAGACUGUGUAUGGGUUAUAGACCAAUCCACUGAAAGAGCGAUCAUGUACUGCCUCGAAGAUCAAUUUGAUAAAAAAUCACUCGUCCUAGCAUACGGUCCUCAAAGCCCAAGCGCUUCCUACGGUGAGCUUUGGACCAAGAAUCUUUACCGAAAUGGUACCGCGAAUCUGGACUCAGUCGAAGCCUUCACGGCGCGAUUGACGAGAUCAAUGUCAGCUUCCAUUCGACUAUUCGGCACGAAGAGGAGCGAGAAGUUCGGUUUUGUCCAAGGCGACGCGGUGCAGACUGACACGUGCGUACAAGUGCGGUGGGGCUGGGUCGCUUUCCCAGCUUGCAUCGUGGCCAUGACGUGCAUUUUCCUUGCCAUUACGGCCUGGAAGAUACACCGUAGUGAGGCCAAGUAUGGAAAAAGGACGUGCAAAUCUUCGAGUUUGGCAGUGCUCUUUGGAGGGUUGGAUGAAGCGAUUCGCCAGCAAUGCGGAACAAUGACUAGAAAGAGCGAGAUGCUGACUUGUGCGAAGGACUUGGAAAUAAGUUUGAGACCCCAGCAAAAUGGUUGGAGGUUAACUAAAGGGGACUAG